AUGGAUAGAUCCAGCAUGUUUGCUUCCUCGCGGAAGCGCAACGCCCCGGCGGCCUCGUCGUACCCAGAUGUCCCAACUUCCCUUCGCUCAGACUCGGACUCGUUGGAGAGUAGCCAAAUGCCAAAGACUUUGCAGGCGCGAGCGGCAACCUCCUCGUCGAUCACGCCCUAUCUGAACCUCCCGUCGAGGCUCUCUCAAAUUUGGAUCAACCGCUGGACGAUCCUCCUGUUACUCGUUCUCGUCCGCGUGGUGCUCUUGAUUACCCAGCUCAACGACAAUGUUGGCAACGCCAAGACCAAGGCCCUCUCUGCCUGCACCAAGGUCGAGGAUAUCGGUAGCGCCAUGGCUUCGAUGCCUCAUUACUUGUCAGUUGGCGUCAACGACCUUGCUGCUGGCGGCAUCGAAAAGGCCGUUCACGGCAUGGUCAAGGGUCUAGACCUUGUUUUGGAGGGCGUCGAGGCCAUGAUCGUCUUCUACAUCAACUUCCUCACCGCCACAUACGUCUGCCUAAUAACCGCCCUCAUCCACGGAAGUCUUGAUGUCGUCGCCUCUGUCACCGAAGAUGCGACCAAGGCAUUCAACAAGGUCAUCGAUGGGGCGACAACUGAAAUCAAGGACAUCGCCGGCGACCUCACAAAAGCCAUCAACAAAAUCACCGACGGCAUCGAGAACUCCAUCAUUGGUCACUUCACACCCGAUAUUCCCAAGAUCGACUUUUCCAAGCCCAUAGACAAACUAAAGGCCUUCAACCUCAGCUCGGACGACUUCGUCCAGGACAUCCGCAAACUGAACAAGGAUCUCCCCGAUUUCGAACAGGUCCAGAACCUCACCAAGCAGGCCAUCUCGAUCCCGUUCAACAUGGCCCGCGAUGGCAUCAACGAGAGCUUCAGCGCGUACAAGUUUGACCGCGAUGUGUUCCCUCUUGCGCAGAAACAGAAGCUCACGUUCUGCUCUGAUAACGACACGCUGAACAGUUUCUUCACGCACUUGUUUGAACUCAUCAAGAAAGCCAAGAUUGCCUUUGUGGUGUUGCUAUCCAUACUGGCCGUCGCCGCCAUUGUUCCAAUGGCCUGGUUUGAGAUACGGCGGUGGCGACGACAGCAAAAGAAUGCUAAGCUUAUUGCGCAGAACCAGUACGACCAGAUGGACGUCGUCUACAUUGCAUCGCGACCCGUCACGGCCACGUGCGGUAUCAAGCUGGCAUCGAGGUUCAGCGGACGCCGGCAGAUUCUCACGCGAUGGUGCGUUGCUUAUGCAACGUCGGUGCCCGCCAUCUUCGUGCUGUCGCUUGCCCUUGCUGGCUUCUUCUCGUGCUUCUGCCAGUUCAUUCUCCUCAAGGUUGUGGAGAAGGAGGUGCCCGCUCUCGCCGGCGAGGUCGGGGAGUUCGCAGGCCAGGUGGUCAAGACACUGGAGAACGUGUCAGACCAGUGGGCUGCCGAUGCCAACGGCGUCGUCAAGGGGGUCAACGACGAUAUCAACAAGGAGGUGCUCGUCUAUGUCGUCAACGCCACAGACGCAGUCAACAACACCAUCAAUAUGUUCCUUGACACCAUGGAGAAAGGACUCGAGACCGUCUUCAACGGGACGAUUCUCCUGGACCCGAUCAAGACUGUGCUGCACUGCGUCAUCGGCAUCAAGAUUGAGAGUGUACAAAAGGGGCUGACUUGGGUGCACGAUCAUGCGCACGUCAACUUCCCCAUGUUCGACAACAACACCUUCAGCAUGGGCGCCAACAAAUCGAUUUCGGGAGACUCGGAUCUGAACACGUUUCUCGCGUCGCCGUCAUCUGUCACCACGGACGAGGUGUCGGGAGCCGUUCAGCACGUUACGAACUGGCUUCACGACAACCUUGUUCAGGAGGCGCUCAUUUCCACUGGCAUCCUCCUCAUCUAUGUCAUCGUGGUCCUCAUUGGCGUAACAAGAACUCUCGCCGGCAUGGCGAUGCCAGACAAGACGCACGGCAACGGCGGCAUGCACUACACAGGCGAAAACCGGCCGCCGCUGAGCCCCCGAGCCGCCAAUCCCGCCAAUGAGUCAACGUGGGAGGCGCGGGAUGAGAAGACGUUGAUGUCCGGCGGCCAAGGCACCCGUUUCACCGAUGCGCGGCCUGACCGGGAUUGGUCUGGCGGCCCGUCAGAGGCGAGAAACGAGUUCUAG